AGGGAAUCGGGUCAGUGUUGUUCACAACCUCUCCACAAAGCUUCUCUCCCCCUCUUCCCUGCUCGUCUGCAAGGACUGUUUUCUAUUAUUGGUAGUCUGAUCUCUGAGAUUUGACUGUGGAUAUGGGGAGGGCAGCUGUCGAUAAACUGCGAUUUUGCAUUGAUAGAGGAGGGACUUUCACGGAUGUUUACGCCGAAAUUCCGGGUGAACUGGACGGCCGAGUUCUGAAGCUCUUGUCGGUUGACCCGGCGAACUACGACGAUGCUCCGGUGGAGGGGAUUAGGAGGAUUCUCGAGGAUUACACCGGGAAGAAAAUCCCUCGCACGUCCAAAGUGCCGACGGAUAAUAUCGAAUGGAUAAGGAUGGGCACGACAGUGGCAACAAAUGCUCUCCUGGAGAGAAAAGGGGAAAGGAUUGCUCUGUGUGUGACGCAGGGUUUCAAGGAUCUGCUGCAGGUAGGUAACCAGGCUCGGCCUAAAAUCUUUGACCUGACUGUGUCGAAACCCUCAAACCUUUACGAGGAAAUAAUAGAAGCUGACGAGAGAGUUGAGCUUGUAUCCGGUAAGGAGGAAGAUGCUCAACAUUCGUCCUCCAGAUUGGUGACGGGAGUCUCCGGUGAGCUCAUCAGGAUAUUGAAGCCACUUGGUGAAGAGGCUUUGACUCCUUUACUAAAAGGAUUGUUGGACAAAGGAAUUAGCUGCUUGGCUGUAGUCUUGAUGCAUUCUUACACUUAUCCAGAUCACGAAAUAGCUGUGAAGAGUUUAGCCGUAAAAAUGGGCUUCAGACACGUUUCCUUAUCUUCAGCUUUGACUCCGAUGGUUCGAGCAGUUCCUCGAGGCCUAACAGCCACUGUGGAUGCAUAUUUGACACCUGUCAUUAAAGAGUAUCUGUCGGGGUUCAUCUCCCGGUUUGAUGAAGGGUUGGACAAGGUGAAUGUGUUGUUUAUGCAAUCGGAUGGUGGACUAGCACCCGAAAGUAAGUUUUCGGGUCACAAAGCAAUUCUAUCAGGUCCAGCGGGUGGCGUGGUUGGUUAUUCACAAACUCUAUUUGGGCUUGAGACAGACAAGCCCCUCAUUGGGUUCGACAUGGGAGGCACAUCUACUGAUGUGAGUCGGUAUGCAGGGAGCUAUGAGCAAGUUUUAGAGACCCAAAUUGCCGGUGCCAUAAUCCAGGCACCUCAGCUAGACAUAAACACCGUUGCUGCAGGCGGUGGGUCAAAGUUGAAGUUUCAGUUCGGAGCUUUCCGGGUUGGCCCAGAAUCAGUGGGUGCACAUCCUGGUCCAGUGUGUUAUAGGAAAGGAGGGGAGCUUGCAGUUACAGACGCAAACCUGAUUUUAGGUUAUGUUAUCCCUGACUUUUUUCCAUCUAUCUUUGGCCCAAAUGAGGAUCAACCUUUAGAUAUCACGGCAACAACGCAAGCAUUUGAGAAGCUUGCUAAAGAAAUUAAUUCCUAUAGAUUGAGCCAGGAUUCAUCCGUGAAGGAAAUGUCUGUCGAAGAGAUUGCGCUUGGAUUUGUUAAUGUGGCAAAUGAGACGAUGUGUCGUCCAAUACGUCAACUGACUGAGAUGAAGGGCCACGAAACGAGGAACCAUGCUCUUGCUUGCUUUGGAGGAGCUGGCCCACAGCAUGCCUGUGCAAUUGCUCGGUCUUUGGGGAUGAACGAGGUAAUAAUACACAGAUUCUGUGGCAUUCUGAGUGCAUAUGGAAUGGGUCUGGCAGAUGUUGUUGAAGAGGCACAGGAGCCGUAUUCUGCUGUUUAUGGUCCUGAGUCGAUUGUAGAGGCUUCAUGUAGAGAAGCUGCUCUGUCAAGACAAGUAAAACAAAAACUACAAGAGCAAGGUUUCAGAGAGGACAACAUUGCAACAGAGACAUAUCUAAAUCUAAGGUAUGAAGGUACAGAUACUGCCAUCAUGGUGAAGAGGCACGCUACCGAAGAUGACUCCAGAUUUGACUAUGCUGAAGAAUUUGUGAACCUCUUUCAGCAAGAAUAUGGAUUUAAGCUGCAGAAUAGGAACAUCCUCAUAUGCGAUGUGAGGAUUCGGGGGAUAGGGGUCACGAAUAUUUUGAAGCCAAGGUCCUCAGAACCUGCUUCUGGUUCUCCUGAAGUUGAAGGCCAUUACAGGAUCUACUUUGGGAAUGGUUGGCAUACAGCGCCGCUUUUCAAGCUUGAGAAUCUAGGUUAUGGGCACAGUUUGCAUGGUCCUGCUAUAAUCAUGAAUGGGAAUAGCACUGUCAUAGUAGAACCAAACUGUAAAGCAACAAUAACCAAGUAUGGCAACAUCAAGAUUGACAUUGAGUCAGCUAUUAGUUCAAUCAAGUUAGCCGAAAAGGUUGCAGAUGUCGUGCAGCUGUCAAUUUUCAAUCACAGGUUUAUGGGAAUAGCCGAGCAAAUGGGACGAACGCUGCAGAGAACUUCCAUAUCAACGAAUAUCAAGGAACGUUUAGACUUUUCUUGUGCUCUUUUUAGUCCUGAUGGGGGACUAGUUGCUAAUGCUCCUCACGUUCCUGUCCACCUAGGAGCAAUGUCAAGUACAGUCCGCUGGCAGCUAGAGUACUGGGGCGACAAUUUAAGUGAGGGAGAUGUUCUGGUCACUAACCAUCCCUGCUCCGGUGGAAGCCACCUUCCUGAUAUUACUGUUAUUACACCCGUUUUUGAUAAAGGGAAGCUGGUAUUUUUUGUUGCAAGCAGGGGACAUCAUGCUGAGAUCGGGGGCAUCACUCCAGGAAGCAUGCCACCCUUUUCUAAAUCCAUAUAUGAAGAGGGGGCAGCAAUAAAAGCAUUUAAGCUUGUCAAGAAAGGGAUCUUUCAAGAGGAAGGAAUUGUGAAGUUACUUUGUUUCCCCUGUUCUGAUGAAUCGGAGCAUAACAUUCCGGGCACCCGCAGGCUUCAAGACAAUUUGUCCGAUCUUCAUGCACAAGUAGCCGCAAACCAGAGAGGAAUUUUACUGAUAAAAGAGCUAAUUGAGCAGUAUGGUCUUGAUACUGUUCAAGCUUACAUGAUGUAUGUGCAAAACAACGCGGAAGUAGCUGUGAGAGAAAUGCUCAAGUCAGUUGCUGCCAAAGUUUCAUCUCAAUUAAACAAUACUAGGAACAAGGAUUCUGUCAUUAUCGAAGAAGAGGAUUACAUGGAUGAUGGUUCGAGAAUACAUCUUAAACUUACUAUUGAUUCUGUUAAAGGAGAAGCCGCUUUUGACUUCAGUGGGACCAGUCCAGAAGUCUAUGGGAACUGGAAUGCACCCGAGGCCGUGACAGCUGCUGCAGUCAUAUACUGCGUACGGUGUUUGGUUGACGUUGAUAUACCUCUUAAUCAGGGAUGUUUGGCUCCGGUCAAGAUUCUCAUUCCAAAGGGUUCGUUCCUUUCUCCAAGUGAUAAAGCUGCUGUUGUAGGAGGUAAUGUUCUGACUUCGCAGAGGGUUACUGAUGUUAUACUCACCGCGUUUCAAGCAUGUGCAUGCUCUCAGGGUUGCAUGAAUAACUUGACCUUUGGAGAUGACACGUUUGGUUAUUAUGAAACAAUUGGGGGCGGGAGCGGGGCUGGUCCAACUUGGGAUGGUACCAGUGGGGUCCAGUGCCAUAUGACCAACACGCGCAUGACCGAUCCCGAGAUCUUCGAGCAGAGAUACCCUGUUCUUCUGCACAAGUUUGGACUCAGAGAAAAUAGCGGAGGGGCUGGGAUUCGUAAAGGGGGCGAUGGUCUUGUAAGGGAGAUAGAGUUCAAGUCCCCAGUUGUAGUUAGUGUUUUGUCGGAGAGGCGUGUUCAUGCUCCUAGGGGGUUAAGAGGAGGUAAAGACGGAGCACGCGGAGCAAACUUUCUCAUUACAAAGGACGGGCGGAAAAUUUACCUUGGAGGCAAAAACACCGUUCAGGUGCAGCCAGGAGAAAUACUUCAGAUACUCACUCCUGGCGGCGGCGGAUGGGGCUGUCAUCAGUAAUUUUGCCAGUACGGAGAAAAUGUUACUUUGUUUUCUGCGCGUUAAACAAUUAGGUGUAUUG